CAUCCACCUUUACCACUAUCCUCUUCCCUUUCUUCUCUCCGUGCUCGGCAGCGAACGCGGAAGCCGUCUCUCUUCAAAAACCAGUUAUCUCCAUCGAGGGCCGUCAUCAUGUCCCGAAAACCAGCCGAUGUGGCGUCGAAGGAGCGCAACGAGUACAUUCCUUCCUUCAUCUCGAAGAAGCCGUUCUAUGUCGAUGAUGACGAUACGACCAACGACUACCUUGAGCAUCAGCGCUUACAGAAGUCGACGCCGGACCAGUCUAAAUGGUAUGAUCGUGGAAAGCGCGCGGGUCCAGCUGCCACCAAAUACCGCAAAGGCGCCUGCGAGAAUUGCGGCGCCAUGACCCACAAAACGAAAGAGUGUCUAAGUCGACCGCGGAAGCAAGGCGCCAAGUGGACUGGUAAAGAUAUCCAGGCCGACGAAGUCAUACAGGAUGUGAAUCUGGGUUGGGACGCCAAAAGAGACCGAUGGAAUGGCUAUGACGCCAGCGAAUAUCGCCAGGUGGUUCAGGAGUAUGAGGAGCUGGAGAAAUUGAAGAAGCUCGCCAAGGGAGGGGAGAAGGGUCGCGACGAACUCGCGGACGGCGAGCUUGACGAUGAGGACGCUCCGGAAGAGGAAGCCCGUUAUGCGGAGGAAUCUGAUAUGGGCCGACAACAAAGCACCGCGACCCGCAACCUACGCAUCCGCGAAGAUACUGCCAAAUAUCUGCUGAAUCUUGAUCUGGAUUCUGCAAAAUAUGAUCCGAAGACGCGGCGCAUGGUUGACAUGGGUGCUCAAGACGAUCAGGCCGCGGCUUUGGUUGCUGAAGAGAACUUUGUGCGGGCCUCCGGAGAUGCUGCGGAAUUCGAGAAGGCACAGCGGUAUGCUUGGGAGUCUCAGGAGAAGGGAACACAGAAGAUCCAUUUACAGGCAAAUCCGACAGCCGGCGAGAUCAUGCGUAAGCAAGCAGAGGCCGAGACGGUGGCUAAGCGUGAAGCUCAGCGCAAGGCUUUGUUGGAGAAGUAUGGUGGCCAAGAACACCUCAAUCCUACCCCGCUACGGAGAACAAUGGUCGUCGAGAACGAAAGAUUCAUCGAGUACGACGAGACUGGCGCCAUCAAGGGCGCACCCAAAAAAGCAGCAAAGUCCAAGUACGCCGAAGAUAUCCUGAACAACAACCAUACUUCGGUGUGGGGAAGUUGGUGGCACAACUUCGAAUGGGGAUAUGCCUGCUGUUUCUCUACAGUCAAGAACAGUUAUUGCACAGGUGAAGACGGCAAGCGCGCUUUCCGAGAGGCUGACCAGGUCUUGAUGCUUCCAGAAGGAGAGGACGAAGAUACAGUUGAGCAGUCCGGCGAUGUUGAGAACAAUCAAGCCUCGCCAGAACCCUCCGGCAUGGAGAAGUCGAAAGAAGCAACCAACGCGAACACGAAGAAGAGAACCUUAAUAGAAGUUCAAUCAGGUAUCACCGAGGAGGAGCUCGACUCCUACAAACGAAGCCGGCUUGCUGCGGACGAUCCAAUGGCUGCUUUCGUCGGGAAAGAUGAUUUGGUUUAAGUGCGCUCUGACAACUCGUUUUGCCCCAUAUCUAUUCUGCGGCAAUGAGGCGCGAUGCAUAUAGAUACCCUUAGUCAAAAUUGUGCAUAUCAGCAGAUAUUAGUCAUACCAUACUUGAUUCAUUCGCCGCCUCCGUCCAAUCCGAAGAGGG